AUGACAAGCAACGUCCAUGAGACUGUCGAGGUGGAUCCUGGCUCGCCAAGUUCCAGCGUGCCCAAAGGUUCCUUCAAGUCAACUUCUACGCAGCUUGACCUUGUUAGUCCCAACAGGUCGUGA